UUAGUAGAAAGAAAUCAGGUCAGCCAAUACCCACCAUCCAUUAUCACCAAUCACAAAUCACAACGUUCUCAAACAACUUAGCAAGAAAAGAAAGAAAGAAAGAAAGAAAGAAAUGGUGAUGGUGUCUGUGAUGAAGCUUAUGGACAGGGUUCUGAUAGUGUUCUCUAUUGCGUUUGGAGUGGCUGCACCCUUUGACGCAGGACUAUUGUUCCUCACCCCAAAUCUAGACCCCAACAACAACAAUAACUUGCUGGUUCAUCACCUCAAGCCUUUGUACGAAUUCAAGUACGGGGAUUACUUGGUCACAAACAAGCCAGCUUUCUUUGUGGCCCUGGUGUGGCUCGAAGUAGUGUUCCUCUGGCCUUUACAGCUUCUCAAUCUCUAUGGCAUUCUCUCUCCCCAUGCUUCUUGGCUCCCUCUCACCUUCUUGCUCUUUGGUGCCUCCUAUUGCACAACCAUGUAUGCAGUAUUAGCAGAAGUGAUGUCGCAUACAGUGUCGGACACGCUUAUAAUGCUCUAUCUUCUCUUCAUUGGUUGCGGUGUUUUAUCCAUUCUGCGUGGCCUGCUAACAUACUACUCUUCUGCUGCUGGUAAGACUACAAAAAUCAACACGAGACAUGAAUCAAGUGGAAGCGGUAAAAAGAGGGCUUGAAGAAUUCCAUAAAAACUUUGAUCAUCGGUGAUGAUUUCUACUAGGUAUACAACAUAUAUUGAAUUAAGUUGAGAAACUAGCAUUAUAUGCAUUGAAAAAUAUAGUCUAUUUUCUACUGAUAGCCGGCUGCUAUAUAUCAUUGAAUGAAUAUCACGGAUUUUUUCUUCUUCUUCUUCACUAUUUGCUUGAAUACACGCCAUAAACGUCAUGUGUAGAUGUAAAAUUUCUAUUAUUUUUACACGAUAUUUGUGAUUUUAGUUUGGAGUUGAAAAAAUAGUGAUGUUUAUCUGGUG